UCGCUCUGCUACGUUGUGUCGUUUAUCUCUGCUUCUCUUUGAGAGGAAAACAAAGCCAGUUAACAUUGGAAGUCGAUGUACUUGCGUUUUCUUACGGCUCUGAUACGACGAGUUUCGACCGCGAAGAAGGCCAGUAGAAACAGUUUUAAAGAUAUGUGGGUGGUUUGAAGGUUCAGAAGCUCUCCCGAUGAUUAAUCUGCAUUGACAACUUUAACGCUCGAUAAGGAUGGCUAGCUGUGGCGAGGUCGACCACUCUGUGAGCUCGCUCCCAUCCAGUAAGAAGGGCAGUGGCGGCGGAGGCAGCGGGAGCGGCGCAGAAUCGUCCUGCUCCGACUCCAACGGCUCGUCCCCCGCCCUGUCCGUGCCGGAGUGCGCCAUCUGUCUGCAGAGCUGUGUCCACCCCGUCCAGCUGCCUUGCCAUCAUGUCUUCUGCUUCCUGUGCGUCAAGGGCGCUUCCUGGCAGAGCAAGCGCUGUGCUCUCUGCAGGCAGGAAGUGCCAGACGACUUCCUGGAAAGGCCCACACUCCUCUCUCCGGAGGAGCUGAAGGCGUCGGCGGGCGGCCGCAGCGGGGCGGCUAGCGACCACGCCUGGUACUAUGAGGGCCGCAACGGCUGGUGGCAGUACGACGAGAGGACGAGCCGGGAGCUGGAGGACGCCUUCUCCAAGGGGAAGAAGACGGCCGAGAUGCUGAUAGCUGGCUUCCUGUAUGUCGCCGACCUGGAGAACAUGGUGCAGUACCGGCGCAACGAACAUGGCCGCCGGCGCAAGAUGAAAAGAGACGUUAUCGAUAUUCCCAAGAAGGGCGUGGCCGGGCUGCGGUUGGAUGCUGAGGCUGUCGCCGGUGCGCUGAGCUCGGCGGGUCGGGAGAACUCUGCAGAUGGCGCCGACACCACGAUGGCAGGCGCUCUGCCGCUGGCCGCCGCGCCAGCCCCCUCCGCUGCCGCCCGGCCCCCCAUGUCUCUCGGGGACCAGCCAGGACCCGGUACCAGCCCCUCGGUGGAGGACUCUCUCUCCCAGCUGCAGAUAAGCCCCAGGUCGGUCCCGCCUCACGACCGAUCAGAGGGCGGGGAGGGGGAGGGGCAGGAUGACGACCAGGAAGAGACGUCUCCCUCCAGGUCCUCAGACCCUCACACCUCUGUGGAGGAGUCCGCCUCCGGAGACUGGAGCGACGACGAAGAGGAAGAAGACGAAGAGGGGGGAGACGGCGACCAUGCAGAGCCUUGGGAAGACUGGCCGCGCAGACGGAGACCGCCCCCGGUGGACAGGGCGCCCCCCCGCGCGGAGUCGGCCUCCCCCCCUCCGUCCUCCCACAGCAGCGGGAGAUCCAGGAUGCCAGACGGCCAGUGUACAGUGACUGAGGUGUGAAUCCACUCCAUUUAAUUUAUGAUGCAGUUUGACGCAGAUCUGAGCUGGGAGAAGUGAGGCAUGUCACGCUCACACACAAACCGCUCCUCCGUUCUUUUCUAACGUUUUCUGUGUAUUGGUUUCAAUUUGUUUUCUGAGCAUCUUCAUCGGUGCCACCAGUCAGCCGCUCAUGCCCUCGGACUGAGACGACGUGGUUGGGAUGUAAAUGAUCUUACAAGUUUAUAUUUAACACAUCAUCAUCAUCAUGAGAAGUUAAAGACUUCCUGUCAGUUGUCUGCGUUAGUUUAAUUUGAUGCCUAUAGAUUGUAUUUCAAAAAUCGUUGAAGCUACACUGUGAACUUUACUCACAAACCUGUUUUGCCCAAGUCUGAGCCUGAUUUACAUCUACGGUCCAGAACCCUGAAGGCUUCCGUGAGGCCGAGUCAGAGAGCGGUCAUCUUCAUAAAUGGCUGCUUCGUGAUCAUCUUAAUAACCGUUUGGCUGAUGCAGAAAUGCCAUCUGACUCGACCUCCAUUGCACUGAAUUCAAUCUUCUUGAUCCUAGUUUCUAACCCAAUCAGCUGCUUCCUCUGGGCUGAUAAUUAAAUAAUUAACUGACCUAAUGUUCCCUUAAGACAGCGUUUCUCAAUUCCGGUCCUCAGGCCCCCCUGCCCUGCAUGUUUUAGGUGUUUCCCUUCUGCCACACACCUGGAUUGAAUAUGUGGGUGAUUAAUAGGCUUCUCCAGCACUUGCUGGUUAUGCAAUGCUUUGAAUCAGCUGCUCUGGAAUAGAGGCACAAAAAAACAUGCAGAGCAGGGGGGCCUGAGGACUGGAAUUGAGAAGCACUGCCUUAAGGAGAAACCUGGUCUGGUUUUAUUCUACAUUAAGAUAGAAAACUAAAAAAAACAACUCCCAUCAUGCUUCUAAAACGGCUUUGAUGUUUAAAUUACUUGCUUAAUAUUUAACAAUGCAGAGUUAAGAGGCAGGUAAAUGUGUGGCUGCCUUGCGAUUUAUUUUUAUUUCAGAUUAGUUCAUUGAAACCCAAACUUAUCGUAAAGAUUGAUGUGUAUUUGAAAUGAAUGUAAGCGUUAGAAGUUGUGGUCAUUUGUUUUAUUGGUGCCCAGCCUUAAGGAAUUGUCAUUUUAAUGUGAAAUAUUGGUGUUUGUUUUUUUUAUUUGUAGUCUUUCUUUUUACUUUAAAGCAGCUCUGCUACUUUUCCCAACAUCCCUGACUGAUCGAUUCUCAAGUGUAACCCAAAGUUUUGUGAUUUGUCUUUUAUUUGAAGAGAGUUUUAUUUGAACACUGUCUGUUGAGAGGAUGUGGAGAACCGAUUGGUUUUCAUUCUCUCUAUUUCUUAUGGCGGUUAAAUGUAUGUCUGAGGACAUAAAAGAACGAAAACAAGCUCUAGUUUUUGUCCAUCCUGGAGAAAUUUCAAGUGAUGUUAUUUUUCUAUGAAAUCAUCAGCUUUUAAGUUGUGUUCUUAUUUUAUUUUAUUUUAUUUUAUUUUUUUGACUUUCCAUUCUGGAGAAUAAAGUUUGUGUAACUGUUUUGGCUUCAAA